UCGUACUAAAAAGAGGCUUUUGCAUAAGUUCUUCUUGCUGCAUGCUCAAAAUGGCUACAACAAGACGUACUAUUUGGAAAAUCAGAGAUGCAGCUUGCUUCCUUUCCGCUAGAAAUCCGACAAAGUUUUGCCAAAGAUUCAAAACAUCAUUUAAAGAGAAGAUAAAAAACCUUCAGAGCUUAGGACUGUAUACAGCAUCAGAUCCAAUUGAUCAAAAUGAAAAUGAUGUAUCAAAAGUUUACCGUAUAAGUGUUAAAGACAUGAAGACAAUAUUCACUCAUGGCUUUCCUACAAGAAGAACAAACAGGCAAGUUGAUUUCACUGAUUAUCAUAUGCUGAUAAGAAAGCCAAUCCUGGAGGUCCUUCAGAAUGUCAAGAAUCUCAAAGAUGGAGACACACCCCCACGCUUCGUUUUCUAUGGCGAUGAUGGAACUGGUAAAAGCAUAGGGCUGUGUCAUUUGAUACACAUGUGUGCACAUAUGAAAUGGCUCAUACUGCAUCUCCCCUCAGUGUACUCGUUCACACAAAGUAAAUCAGAGACAGAACCGUCAUCAUGGAAAAAUGGAAGAAUUGAUCAACCAGCUGACAGCAGUAUAUGGCUAAAAGCUUUCAAAACUGUGAAUCAGUCAUUUCUUGAAACAAUAACAACUUCCAAAGAAUACAAAUGGGGUAGGUUAGAGGCAAUACCCGCUGGAACUCCUAUUGGACGAGUCGUAGAACAGGGCAUGGGAAGAACAAAUUUUGCGACAGACGCUGUUGGGAUUGUCCUAAAGGAAGUACAGCAAGCAAAGGAUGUUAAAGUACUCUAUGCAGUCGACGAAUUCAAUGGUUUGUUUUCAACGUCAUCCAUCCGGAAUAAAGAUAAUGAAUUCAUCAACCCACAAGACCUUUCGUUCAUAAGACAUUUUACGAGACUUCUAGAGCCGGGCAGCUCACUAGUUUCAGGCUGCUACGCAGUGGCUUUAUCGCGGACGAGCAACUUCAAGCAUUAUGUCCAUUCACUUGAAGUAGAGGACCAACUUGGAAAAAUGGGAAUGUCUCUUCUUGGUAAACACAUUCCUGUCCAAGUGGAGAAUUUCACAGAGGAGGAGCUGUACAACUAUCUUUGCUUGCUGAAGCAGAAUUUCCUAUUCAAUAAAGAGAUCACUGGUGAACUUCAGGCUGAGAUACGGUUCCUGACAGACGGUAACCCAACCGAGGUUGUACGGCUUGUCAAGGGACACUGAUAGGUGCCAGUCAAGUGCCAAAGUGACAGGUGACAGGAAAUUAAUUACCUGACAAAUGUAUAUCACAGAAUUCUAGAUUGAGAAACACCUUGGUACAGUGUCACAGAUGACAUUUAUGUACAAGAAAUGUAAUGUAUAUUCUUAGUUGUGUAUAGACACCUCUUUGGGA